AUGGCUUAUCACGCACACGCUGAGGGCGGCCUACCAGCAUACUUUGACGAGGACGCUUCAGGCGCUCUAGACCCUGCUAUGCUGGAGGCUGACAUGCAGAAUCCAGGCAGUAUCCCAUUCCGCAAAGACUCCUUUGCGAAUAGCAACGGCGUGCUGUCUCCUGCUGAGUCACAUGGGUGGGACCAACACUACCCGAGCGACCUGCCAAUAGAGUCUUCUGUUGCAGCCUCUUAUCCAUAUCGUGAGCAAAACAACGGCUUUUUACGGCACGAUGCACCACGCCAGCAUCCGCACCCUUCAAACUUCGGCAAGACGCCUCACGGGCAAUCAUGGGGAGUCGAACAUCCCCCGGGCAAUUGCACGCCUACCGUAAGAACCGAGCUUAUGCCUCCGCCGCCGCCAGUUGAGGAAGUGUCAUACCACCAGCCCAGCGGAGAAGCAGCACAUGCAAAUUAUGUGCCGCAACGACAAGGACCCCAUGCACCGCAACACUUCCAUGCCUCAUAUGGCGAGCCGGGUUUUCUACCUGCACCGCAAGUGCAAACCCCGAUGUCGCCGCACUCGCAUGCGGAUUGGAUGGGCAUGGCUCAACAAGAAAUGGAGUGUCGACCUCUGCCGAAACGCAUGCGGCCGAACAGUCCACAGACCAUGGUCGAUAUUGCGCGACGAGACGGCAUCAGAAAGCGCAAUGGUCGUAUUGACAUUCCAUCCGAGCGCAACAUCAACACCAUCGACGAGCUGAUCGAGAAAGCCACUGAUGAAGACCUAAUCAAGGAGCUGAAACAGCAGAAGCGCCUUUUGAGGAACCGAGAAGCUGCACUUGCGUCACGGCAACGGAAGAAGAAGCAUACUGAGGAUCUCGAGGUCAAAGAGAAGAGCUUUACGCAACAGAUAUCUAUGCUCGAGCAAGAGGUCAAGGAGUUCGCAAUCGAGCAGCAUCGUUGCGAUGAAGAGCGUCAAGCGCUGAUACACCGUCUGAACGACUCGCAGCGGAGGAUCGAAGGUUUGCAGGAAGACAUCCAGCACCUAAAAAUGCAGCACAACGAGGAGACAUCAUCUCUUCGCCGCAGGAUCAAUGUACUUACCGAUCAACUUGCGGCAGACUCAGCACCUGCGAUGUCGGCUGCACCCAGCAGUACCGGCUUUACCGACUUCAAUGCAGAGAUGGAGGCGCUCAACAUGGGCCCGCACGAAUGGGAUGACUUCCUGUUUGUGGACAACCUUCAGCCUGAGUCGCCGGAUGACUUCACGUUCAAUCCACGGCGCUCGCCGGACACCGCCCCGGAUCAGCCGAUUGCGUCCGGGCUUCUGUUUAUGCUACUGCUGUGCGGCGCAUUCGUGCUAUCUAAGCCAGCGACCUCACGACCAUCAGACCUACCGAAUAUGCCACCGGAGGUGCAGGCUGCCGCGCCCACCGUCUUGAACAAUCUCCUCGCUGAAGCUGGCGGCCCAAUGUCAACCAGCCAAGUCAGGUCUAAUGUCUAUCAAGAGCCACAGCCUUCUGUGCCAGCAUUUACAACGGCAAGAGCGCAUAACAGGCUUGAUCGCAUGCAUCAGAGGCUCACAGCGCCAAGCAAGCAGCAAGAAAUCGACCAAGCCUUCUCCCUGACGACAGCACAAUAUGCGUCCAUCGCACAAGCUGAUUAUCCGGCUUAUGAUGUGCCGCAACCGCAAGAGGGUGCGCGUCGACCAAGGCGCAAUCUUGCCGAAAAAUUUGCGAGCAUGCAGCAAGCGAAUGCGCAAUCUAGCAAAGCUGAAGUCUAUACACGCAGCCUAUUGUGGGACCAGAUACCGACAGAUGUUGUCAAGCAGUUUAGGGAGAUGGUGCGUGAUCAUGAGGAGAUCGAAGCACGUCAGAAGAAGCGAGCUGGUCCGGCUUACAAGGCCGAGCCUUGA